UCUAAUACGGCACAGUCGAUAACACUCGAGAAUCCUUACCCAAUACAACAACCUCAGAAUACAAUCUUGUACUGCACGGCGGCUCGAUCAGCACUUCUGUCGCAAUGCCAAAACUCUCUAUUCCUGAAUUUGACUACAAAGUCGGCGAAAGUACGGCUAUGUUAGUCUGAAUUUACAUCAGCCAGUAUAUCUUUGCAUCGCUUCAACUACAUUUGUACUUGCUCAUUCAUUUUUGGUUGCAACCAUAAUUUCUCGUCGUUUCCGUCUUAUACUCAAUCAUGGCAUCCACGGAGACUGUAUGGUACAACGUGUACAUAGUUUACUUCACGCAACCCAGCGGUCCAGCUCACGAAGGGAUUGCGUUGGUUCCAGCACAGCUCGAAGGUCAAGCGGGAGGCCGAUUCUACCAUGUUAAAGGCACUGUUGGCAUGGGAAUGGACUACGAGUGUCGCCCCGGUUACAAUUUUGGUCGCAGCCGAUCGUUCAAGGAAAAGGUUUAUCAAUUCCAACUGCCGAAGUCUUACCUCUUAGACUUCGAAUCUAUCGCAAGCACUCGACCUCCUCCAUACGAUCCCCGUGCGCUCACCGAGAGCGAGCCAGAUCCUCCAGUCAGGGACUGCGCCGCUUGGGUGGCUGAGGUACUCGGAGAAGUUCGUACUCUUCUGCGGAGGAGUGGUUUGGCUGCCUAAGCCUACCUGGAUCGCCGAGUGGAAGUUUUCUUGGCACGUCGUAUCUCGCUCUUUUUGAGGCUUGCACUUGAGUGCGUCAAUCUUGGGGACUAGUCUUGGACACAGAAACAUCUCCUUUUACGAAUGCACUAGGGUUUUCAGUUGUGUCUACGUUCGGCCUAUCCGUCGUUGGUGGCAGCAUCAUUGUUAGCUACCAUAGAACACUCAUCAACUUGGCAUGCGUCAACUGCUCACAAUAGUA